GCCUUCGCUUCCAAGUGUUCGUCAACAUCGAGGAGUACAUGCCCACCACCGAAGCCGCCGGCGUUCGCUUGACGGUCCAUUCCGCCAGCGAGCAACCGUUUCCGGACACGCUGGGCUAUUCGGCGCCCACCGGAUUCGUGUCAAGCUUCGGGAUACGCAUGGGUUGCCAACGCAGCUGCGUGCAGCAACACUUUGUGCGCCGAUGCGGGUGCGGCGACCCGCGCUAUCCGCCCUGGCAAAACGUCAGCUCAUGUCCGGUGGAUGACGAGCAAAAGCGGAAAUGCCUGAAGCGUGAGACCGAAUACGCGGCCAAGCACAUCGACCGGCUCAAUUGCCCAAAGUGCCGGCAACCGUGCAGCCAGAAAGUCUUCUCCAUUUCCUAUUCGGCUUCGCGAUGGCCAGCGACGCCAUCGGAUCGAGAUGAUUGCCCAAAGGGCCUGAACCAACAGCAAUGCCUAAACUAUUUGCGCGAGCAGGGCGCAAUGAUUGAGGUGUUUUUCGAGCAGCUCAACUACGAGGCCCUCCAGGAAUCCGAGGCGUACGGGUGGCCAAAUCUGCUGUCCGAUUUCGGCGGGCAGCUGGGGCUGUGGAUGGGCGUGUCGGUGAUCACAAUCUCGGAGGUGGGGCUGCUCUUCUUCGACAUUCUGCUGUCGAUCUGCGGCUGCUCGACGUCGGCGCGCCGGAAAUUGAGG